AUGUACUUAGUGCUGAGCUGCCGGGUAAACUGCAACCUGGUGCUGACCGACCCCCAGGGCACCUUUACCUCCCCCUGCUACCCAUCCGACUAUCCCCAGAGUCAGACCUGCAAAUGGACCCUGCAGGCUCCCACGGGCUUCAUAGUACAGAUCACCUUUCUGGACUUUGAGCUAGAGGAGGUCCAUGGCUGCAUUUAUGACCGUGUGUUGGUCAACACAGGCACCAAUGAAGUGAAGUUUUGUGGGCUGACAGCCAAUGGACUGACACUUAACUCAAGUGGCAAUGUAAUGGAGGUUUCCUUUAAUUCAGAUUUUAGUGUCCAAAAAAAGGGAUUCAGUGUCAGUUACAGGCAAGUUGCAGUUGCACUAAGGAACCAGAAAGUCACCUUGACCCGAGACGCCAAAGAUGUCGUGAAAGUGUCCAGUUCUGUGAACAUUCCAACUUUGAAUGACUUCACCAUCUGCUUUGAAGCCGCCGUCCAUUGGGAUGACAACCAGAACACAGAGAACAUCUUCUCUUAUGUGGAUGAUAGCAGCAACGUGAUCCUGGCCUUUGGUAAGACCGUGAACGGCAUGGCACUGACUAUCGAUGGAACAAUUUGUCUGCUGAAUGCGGCACUUGGCGUCUCCGAUAUCACUAGCAGCCUCAGGCAGUUCUGUCUGACGUGGAGCAAGAAUACGGGUCACAUAGGGGUCUAUUUUGGGGGAAACUACCGCACCGAGAUGUGCACGGAUUCCAGGAGCCAAAAUUUACGAAGAGGGAGCAUUUUUCAUCUGGGUAGACCUGGAACCACCCAAGAUAGCCAGGUACAGAGUUUUAGUGGGGUCGUAUACAACUUUCGUCUGUGGAACUCGGAGAUGUCCUUCUCCUCUCUGUCUGCUCUUACUUGUGAUGAUGUUGGCAAUCUUAUCGAUUGGGACAACGAUUUCUGGGACAUCCCUGACUCCUACGCACAGACCGACUCCUCACUUAGCUGCAGUACUUCCCUACCAACUCUUACUUCUCAGAUGACCACCUGUGCCUCUCCUGGACUGGGCUGCCCAGCAACAUUAACCACCAUACCAUCCAUUGCCACCACUAACACCAUUUCCACUAAUGCAGCCACACACGAGGAUAUUUUCUACAGAAUUUUCUUAGUGGUUAACAAUGGCCAGGCAAGUUUGACAGACACAGAUGUGGAGAGAGCCAUCACACAAUGGCUCAAUCAGACAUUUCAGAAUUGGAUCUACACUGUAUAUGUUGAUAAUAUCAGACUUGUCAUUGUCUUACUGAUAUCUCGAGUUUUUACCUGCUACGCCCUGCUGGUGUAUAAAAACACUACCAAUACCAAACUUGCUGAAUCUGACAUAGAGGGAAAACUAAACGCCGUGUCUAUCGGGAGCGGACUGGUGAUGGAGAGAGUCACUGUGGAAUCUAUUGAGAACUGUCCAUCAGAAGACAACCCUUUCCACUACAAAUGGCCAGAGACAAGGCCAACAAUCACUCAGUAUGUGCCCUGCUUCCCCUACAAAGAGCGCAAUGCCUCCAGAACAUGUAUGAUCAGCCAUCAGAAUUAUACAUCCUUUUGGAACCAACCAGAUCUCAGCAACUGCACAGAUAUCAAAGACAUUGAGGUGUCUGAAGAGAACGCAGCGGAAGUGGCCGUUCAGCUUGCUGACAUCACCAAUAACGAACUAUCGACGGAAGAGGUGUCACAAGUCGUCACCAAGGUGAAGGAGCUGGUGAAUGUGGCCAGGAUCAAUGCCACACUGGCUUCAACAGUGGUCACCAUCAUCUCCAAUGUCAUGACAAGCUCAGAGUCAGCUCAGAUGAAUGCUUCGAAAACGGCGUUGAAAGCUGUGGAUGAGCUUGUACAGAAGAUUGAGUUUGAAGGCCCGUCAUUGGCCAUCACCUCCAAAAACCUGGCAGUGGGCAUCUCUUCCCUCAACUCCAGCAGAUUUAACGGAACCAGCUUCAGUGCCUUCCUCCCACCCAAUACAACAGACCCUCAGAUUGACUUUGACUCAGAGUCACAGAACCCUCUCGCCAUGGUCGUGCUGCCACCAACACUACUGCGCAACCUCAGCAGCACAGACACGGGGACAGCAUCCAGGAUCAACUUCAUGUUCUUCAGCAAGACAGGUUUGUUCCCGGACAGACAGAGUAACGGGCUGUCGUUGAGCAGUUAUGUGGUGGCAAGCAGCGUGGGGAACCUUUCCAUCAGUAACCUGUUGGACCCCAUUCAGAUUGAGAUUGCCCACCUGCAAAAUCAGAGUGCACCAAGGCGGCAUUGUGUGUUCUGGGACUUCACCAUUAAAAAUGGCGCAGGUGGCUGGAACAGUGAGGGGUGUGAAGUCAGCCCAAAAUCUGACAGCUAUAAGACCAUAUGUCUAUGUAACCACCUCACACACUUCGGUAUUCUCAUGGAUAUAUCUGGAGCUGCUGCCCAGAUUGAUGAGAAGAACACCAGGGUUCUGACCUUCAUUACUUACAUCGGCUGUGGCAUCUCUGCUAUCUUCUCUGCUGCCACACUCCUCACCUACAUUGCCUUUGAGAAGUUGCGUCGUGACUAUCCGUCAAAGAUCCUCAUGAACCUGAGCACAUCACUGCUCUUCCUCAACAUGGUCUUCCUCCUGGACGGCUGGCUGGCCUCCUACGACAUGGAGGGCCUGUGUGUGGCUGUGGCUGUCUUUCUACACUACUUCCUGCUCACCUCCUUCACCUGGAUGGGCCUGGAAUCCAUCCACAUGUACAUUGCUCUGGUUAAGGUCUUUAACACCUACAUCCGGAGGUACAUCCUCAAAUUCUGCAUCGUCGGAUGGGGUGUCCCUGCAGCGAUCAUUGGUAUCGUAGUGGCUGUUGACAGAAACAGCUAUGGCAAAGAGUACUAUGGGAAAGGUGGAAAUGGACAAGGGUCAUCUGAGUUCUGCUGGAUCAAGAGUCUGGUGGUUUUCUACGUGACCUGCGUGGGCUACUUUUCCAUCAUCUUCCUCAUGAAUGUGGCCAUGUUCAUCGUGGUGAUGAUGCAGAUCUGCGGUCGUAAUGGCAAACGCAGCAAUCGCACAUUGAAGGAAGAGAUCCUGAGAAAUUUACGCAGUGUGGUCAGCCUAACCUUUCUGCUGGGCAUGACCUGGGGGUUCGCCUUCUUCGCCUGGGGCCCCGUGAACCUGGCUUUCAUGUACCUGUUCUCAAUUUUCAAUUCCCUACAGGGGUUGUUCAUAUUUAUAUUUCACUGUGCACUGAAAGAAAACGUACAGAAGCAGUGGAGGAGGUAUCUAUGCUGUGGAAAGUUACGCUUAGCAGACAAUUCAGACUGGAGCAAAACGGCCACUAAUAACACAAAGAAGGUCAGCUCAGACAAUCUGGGAAAGUCCCUGUCCUCUAGUUCCUUUGGCUCCAGUACAGCUAACUGGACUUCCAAGGCCAAAGCUACACUGAACCCCUUUGCCAAGCGCAACAGUAAUGCAGGAAAAAGUUUUUCCAGCCAGGCCAGCCCCAAAUGCAGCUCCUCAGAUGGGGAGCCCUCUUCCUCCAUCAUACCCGUCCAUCAGGUCCUUGACAAGGUGAAGGGCUACUGCUCCGUGCGCUCAGACAACUUUUACAAGAAUAUCAUCAUGUCGGACAGCUUCAGUCACAGCACCAAGUUCUAG